AUGAAAUAAACCUAAAAUAAAUUUAAUUUUGCAGAGUCAAUGACAUUGAAGAAUACCAAGGAAUAUCAAAUUGUUAAAUGGAAUUACCACAAAAAAUAAUUUUAGAAUACUAAAAUUUAUAUUACAAUUAUCCAGGAUAAUUAACUGGUGUACUCUUUCGAUGGAGUAAUAUUAAGAAAGUUAAUUAUAAUUUCUAAGUUUAAUUAGACAAUUAAUAUAAGAUGAGCCCUAGAAUCUAAAUAUUUUGACAAAUAUUGAAUAAAUAAAACGACUUAAAUGGUUAGGGGAAUAUGGAAUGGACAAGAGAAAAUAAGGUAAGUGGAUAGCUAUUUGGAAUGGAGAAGUUCUCAGUGAUAUUGGAGGGUAUUUUGAAAAUGGAUUAAGGAAAGGUUUAUGGAAAGAACUUUUUAAAAAUUACUGUAGGUAAAUGCUCAUUAAGUAAUUUAAAAAUAGUCAAGCCAAAGUUUUUGAAAGUGGAGAAUACUAGAAUGAUAAAAGAAUUGGAAUAUGGAUAUAUAUCUAUGAUAACAAUAAAAUGUAUUAUUAAAAAUAUAAUUAGUGGAGGUGGAUAAUAUAAUGAAGAAGGUUAGAAGAAUGGGAAAUGGAUUGAGUUGAGUGAUGAUUUUAAUUGUAAUUCUUAACUCACUUAUCAUGGAGAAUAUAGAAAUGGUCAAAAAGUUGGUAAAUGGGAUAUUUGGUAUUAGAAUUAAUAAAUUGGAAAGAAUGAAUAAAUGUAAUCUUUUAUCUAAAAGGAAAAUAUUAUAGUGGUUGUGGAUAGUAUGAUGAAGGUUAUGAAGAGUAAAAAAUUGGAAGAUGGAUUGAGGUUAGUGAUAAGUUCAAUGACUCAUCUUAAGUUACUUAUAAGGGUGAAUAUAAAAAGGGUAGAAAAAUUGGUAGAUGGGAUAUUUAUUUCAGUCAUAAAGGAGUAAAUAAAUAGAUGUAUAAUUAUAUUAUUUAUUAUUAAAAACAUAUUCUAUAGUGGUGGUGGAGAAUAUGAUGAAAGAGAUGAGGGAAUUAAAACUGGAAAAUGGAUAGAAAUGAGCGAAGGGUUUUAUGAGUCAUAAUAAGUAAUGUUUAUAGGCGAUUAUAAAAAUGGCAAUAAAGUUGAUAAAUGGGAUAUUUAUUUCAACAAUAAAGGAUAAAAUGAAAAGAUGUAGAAUAUCAUUAAUAUUAUAUGAAAAAUUGUAGUGGUGGAGGAUAAUAUGAUGAAGGUGGUGAAGGGACUAAAAUUGGAAGAUGGAUUGAAAUAAGUGAUGACUUCGAUGACUCUUCUUAAGUUACUUAUAAUGGUGAAUAUAAAAAGGGUAGAAAAAUAGGUAGAUGGGAUAUUCAUUUCAAAAUUACAGGAAGGAAUGAGCAGAUGUAAAAUUAUACUUAAAUAUUAUUUAAAAAUCUAUUAGACGUGGACAAUAAAAUAACGAAGGAAGCGAUAGAACAAAGAUUGCGAGAAAAAGUAAGACUAAGUGAUAGUUUUUUUAAGUAAUUUCAGAUAAAAAUAGUAAAAAAGCUGAAAAAUAGGACAUCCCAGAUAUAAAAGUAGGAAAUGAGUAGAUGUAAAAAUAUAUAUGUUAAAUUUAUCAAAAAUGAUGUAGAGGUGGAUCCUAUGAUGAAAGAGGUGAAGAGUUGAAGAUUGGGAAAUGGGUAGAGUUGAGUGAUUCUAAUUCAUAAAUAACUUAAAUAGGCGAAUACAAAAAAGGUUAAAAAGUUGGUAGAUGGGAUAUUUAUUUUAAUAAUGGAGUAAAUAAUAGGAUGUAAAAUUAUUAAAUUAAAAAUGAUUUAUAAAUGAUUCAGUGGUGGUGGAUUAUAUGAAGAUGGUGAAUACGGUUUAAAGAUUGGUAAAUGGAUUGAGUUGAGUGAAAUUAAUACAUAAUUAACUUACAUUGGUGAAUAUAAAAAAGGGUAAAAAGUUGGUAGAUGGGAUACUUAUUUCAAUUAUUUCGGAAAUAAGUAGAUGUAAAUAUCAAUUAUGUGAACUAGGUAGUGGUGGAGGAUUAUAUGAUGAAGAAGGGGAAGGAAUUAAGAUUGGAAGAUGGAUUGAAGUGAAUGAUGAAUUUUUUGAUUCAUCCUAAGUAACGCUUCAUGGUGAAUAUAAAAAUGGGUAAAAAGUUGGCAGAUGGGAUAUUUAUUUCAAUUAUGGAGUAAAUAAAAAGAUGUAAAAUAAUAAUUAAUUAUAUAAUUGUUUUAGUGGCGGUGGUUCAUAUGAUUAAGUUAGUGUUGGGAUCAAAAUUGGGAAAUGGAUUGAGAUAAAGGAUAAUUUUAAAUGGGCUUUAUAAACUACUUUAAAUGGAGAGUAUGAAAAUGGUAAGAAAAUUGGGACAUGGAUAGAAAUGCAGGGAAAUAUAAAAAGUAAAGAAAUAAUCUUUGAACAUUGA